UUAAAGUGAUACUGCAUAAAAUUGAAACUUUGUGCCAAAUGUUACCCGAAGACAAGAUGUCGAAAAGCAGUUGCUGCAUCCAGUGUUCCGUCGGCUCCAUGAUUUUUCUUCAAAUACUAGUCGGAUUCAUACUUUUGUUGACGACGUUCAGUCGUCACUCGCAGACUGAUAGUUAUCACAAGAACCUACGACUGAUGACGUAUUGUCUGCUUGUUUCGGGGAUAAUACUGGUUGUUAGUAGUGUGUUGUUGCUUUCUGGAGUUAUAUGGCGUCAACCCAAAUGCUUUCUGGCGCACUUGGCGAUCGACGUCGUUAUAAUAAUCUUGGUUGUAAUAUUUAUUGGAAUCGCGACUUAUAACAACGGUGGAGAUCCAGAAGUCGUACUGUCCAUGGGUUUCGCCCUCGCAAUUCCAGUAGCGGUAAUGUGCGCUCUGGAUUAUGGUGUGUACUGCUUUUAUAAGAGAGUGGUUGCCGAUAAACGACAACAACAACAGAAUAUGUAUGAAUUAUGUAGCACUGAUAUUAAUAGUUAAUAAAGACUGUAGAUUAUUCAGGACGCGUUGCCCGCUUAGCCACAAAACCCAAUAUAAUCAAAAUCCUUUGUUCUAAAGGUGUGACGAAAUCUUCACCUUGCACAUGAAUGAAUUUAAAGGUGAAAGCAAAAAUAAAGCGUCCGUCUUCUAACCUAACUGAAGACAGAGAAAUAAAAUUAAAAUGACACAAUACAAAUUCUGGUGAAGUUCAGAUGGAGUCAAGGCCAACGUGGUUGCAGCAGUUUUUAACGUACGACGACACUGAAGUGGUUAUCAGUUAGCCAAAAACUUAACACCUUAAAAAUUUAACCGGAAAUUUAACUUAAUUGUGCUUUGUGUAGUUUUAAUAAACCCAGUGUUGUGCACACUAACAAAUUAACCUAAAAUUUGGUAAAAAUAAAACAUUUAUCGCAUUGUUAUCAACUCUUGCAAAAUUAGUAAAGCAAUGUCGAAAAAUAAUUGCUGCACUCAAAGUUGUGUGAGUUUUUUGAUUUUCUUUGAAAUGCUUUUGGCAUUUCUGAUUCUGUACGUGUUCUUACGUGCUCGUGCGAACUACACCGAUUGUAGGUACCCAUAUAGGGAUGACUUCAUUCAAUCAGAUGAAGACUCAGAAGGGCCGGAACUACGAAUCACUUUCGUAGCUGCAUUCCUCUUGCUCACAGUUAGUAGUUUGUUGCUACUUUUUGGCGUGAUAGGGAGGCACCCGAAACCAAUUGUGGCCCAUUUAGUUCUAGACGCUCUUGUAAUAAUACUAAUUAUGAUUUUCUUGAUCAUGUCCGCGUUAUUCUUAGUGGUGGUACCAUUAGGUUUAAUGUGUGGCCUAAAUUUUGGCGUGCUCGUCUACUACAGAGGAAUGGUUGCUGAGAACCGACAACCACAAGCAAAUACAUACGAACUUUGUAACACACCGGCGGUCAUUUAAUAAAAUCCAAAACAUUGAUGUUUGUUUCUGUUCAAAACACUCUUUCAAACUUCCUAUAUUGAGGGCGAAUGACCGAACAAAGAGACAGGAAAAACUGGAGUAGUCGACUUUAGCGUCAGAAUGUCUGCCGCCUUGUAGCUAGCAACAUGUUAAGUUAGUAAGUGCAGAAUGUCGGAAACUAUUUUUAAUUCUUCACGUUUGUGUGCUUUUAUGAUGGCUUUCGUCUCCCCUAUCGCUGGAGCUCUUAUGCUCAUGGUGUCACUGAUCAAGCUUGCGUUGUUUUUAAGCCCCAAAACCGACACCGGUCCGAUGGAUAUUAAUUCUUUAAUUAUUUGCAGCACAGUCGGCAUUAUACUUAUCAGUAGUGGGUUUAUCCUGUUGCUAGGACUGAUCAAGGAGAAACCCAAGUUAGUUUUUGUACAUCUAGUGUUGAGCACCCCAAGUCUGGUCUACUUGAUGUGCGAAGUCGUGUUCAUCGGAUUUUUGGAGAAACAUUUCAAGUUUUUUGUAAUUGUAUUCAGUGCUUUACUGUUGUGCGACCAGUUGUGUGUUUUAGUUUUUUUUCUAUUAGUUGUGAGAAAAGACAGGACUGAGAGUAUCGAGAAUCUUAUUAUAUACUACGAAGUAGGGUGCUUUAGCAAUAGUGUAUCCAGAGGUAGUUCUCUUGAUAGCGUAAGUCUUUAGUCCCCAGGGAUCAAUGUAAUAAUGUAAAUAUUUUUAAUAAAAAUUACAAAAACCCAA